CUGUGACAGCCGGUAGAUGUUUACAUAUACGGCCUGUGUGACCGGCGCUGGUCUCCUCCUCUCAUUCAGCCGCACACUCGUCGCCUCUACAAAACAGAUUUGGGUCAGCAGCUCCAUCUGCUUCAUCAUGAGUCCAAAAAAUGUCAUUUUCAAGAAGACCUGCAAAGACAAGUCGGUGGGAGUUUUCAUGGGAAAAAGAGAUUUUGUGGACCGUGUGGACUCUGUGGAUCCAGUUGAUGGAGUCAUUCUGAUUGAUCCAGAGGUUUUGGCGGGAAGAAAAGUGUUUGUCACCCUGUCUUGCACCUUUCGCUAUGGCAGAGAUGACAUGGACGUGAUGGGAAUUGCCUUCCGCAGAGAGCUGUACCUGGUCACCCGGCAGGUUUACCCCCCAAUGCAGGACCGCGACAAGACGGUGCACACCAGAGUCCAGGCUAAACUCCUACGCAAGCUGGGAAACAACGCCUACCCGUUCUUCUUUGAGUUUCCUGACAAUCUGCCUUGUUCAGUGGCACUCCAACCAGCCCCCAAUGAUGUUGGCAAGCAAUGUGCCGUGGAGUUUGAGAUAAAAGCCUUCAGCGCUGAGAGUCAGGACGCCAAAGUUCGCAAACGGAGUACCGUUAAGCUGAUGAUCCGUAAGGUUCAGUACGCUCCAGAGAGUCAGGAGGUGGCACCGAGUGUAGAAAUCACUAAGGACUUUGUCAUGUCAGACAAACCACUACAUGUUCAGGCCACACUGGACAAAGAGCUUUAUUACCAUGGAGAACCCAUCAAAGUUCAUGUCAACGUCACAAACAACUCCAACAAAAACAUCAAGAACAUCAUAGUUUCAGUGGAUCAGGUCGCAACCGUGGUGCUGUUCUCCAAUGACAGCUACACCAAAUGUGUGGACUACGAGGAUAAUGGGGACUCAGUGUCCGCUGGAGCAACGCUGAAGAAAGUUUACACUCUGCUCCCCCUGCUGGCCAAUAACAGAGAGAGGAGAGGCAUCGCUCUGGACGGCAAACUGAAGCAUGAAGACACAAACCUGGCGUCAUCCAGCGUGGUCAAAGAGGGGGUGCUGAAGGAGGUGAUGGGCAUCAUGGUGUCCUACAGAGUCAUGGUGAAGCUCAUCGUUGGAGGGAUGAUGGGAUCCAGCGAGGUCGGCCUGGAAGUUCCCUUCAGACUGAUGCAUCCCAAACCUGAUGCAGUGAGGGAGAGUGAGAUGGAGGACGAGAUGGUGUUUGAGGAGUUCAAGCGCUCCUACCUGAGGGGAAUUAUUGCUGGUGAUGAUGAUGAUGAGGAAGGCAACGUGUCGGGAGGAGAUGACAUUACGCCCAAAGAGAAGUGAAGAAAAUUAAGGUUUGACGGACGGAAGCAGCUCAGAGAUCAUGUUAGAAAUGAAAAGUUAUUCCUAUUUUCUUAAAGGUUUGUCCCUCCAUGGCUGCUUGAUUCAACCACAGUGUGCUGUUGAAAAAUAAAAUAACAAAAAAACACAUGGAUAUGAAUGUUUCACUUUAAAUCAUUGUGAAUUUCUGGCUGUUCAGUUCUGCUUUCAGGGGUUCCCAGGUCUUAAAAGGAUUUUUGAUCAUUGUUUAUUCUUAAUAUUAUUUAUUAUAAAUUUAUGUAUAGUAUUUUAUAAUAUUAUAUCAUAUUAUUGUUUAUGUUUUAAUAGAUGAAAGUUAUUUGAAGUAAUUGAAAGAGAAGCUUUCUUGGCAAUAAGCUUAGAAAUUGUUCAACAAAAGAAAUGUUUUGUGUGAGGUAGUGCUUCUGCAUUUGCAGACUCACGGCUCAGACUCUCAUUAAGAUUUAAAGUUGUAGUGACAUUUUUCUACAACUAUAAAUGCUGAUUGUUUCCUUUUUGUUUCACUGAGGCAAAAAUUUUCACCUUCAACCCGAAAAACUAACCAGCAGAACUCCCCUUUAGCAGCAAUUUCAAUAUUAACAUAUUACUUAUUUUUGAAAAUGUUGUUUUCCUGUUUUUGAACAUUUGGUAAAUAAAUCCUGGCUGACACA